UUUGGGGGAGAGAGGCGGGAGGGGACCCUGGGGCCUGGGCCCGCAAAAGCCUACCUACCCCCCCUCCCAUUUUAUCUAUUUACAAGAAUAAACGCAGAGGAGGGGAAGGGAAAGCUUUAUUUAUAGAAAUGACAAUAGGGAGCCGGGCGAGACCCCCAAAAGCAAGGUUCAAGUCUCUUGCUUUCUUCCUUAAAAAAAAAAAAAGAAGAAGAAGGAGGAGGAAGAAGAAAGAAAAAGACAGAAAGAGAAAUAGGAGGAGGCUGCACUCCUCGUUUUCAGCUUUGGCGAAGAUGGAUCCACGUUUCAUCUUUAAUCACGCCAGGCCCAGGCCCAUCUGUCUUGUUUACUCUGCCGAGGAGAGGACGGGCCUCGGUGGCGACCAUUACCUCGACACCCGGCUAACAAAUGAGGCCCGGCUCGGCCGCCGCCGCCUCUGCUACUGCCGCUGCUGGAAGACAGCCUGGAUUUUCUUUCUUUGUCCCCCAUUCCUGACACCCAGCGAAACCACUCUGACUGCCAGAUAGCGCAGUGUUUUGGCCACGACAGACGGCUCUUUGGUUAUUAAAGUUCCGAAAGAGAGGAUUCUGCGAGGCUGGCCUCUUUCCUCCCGCGUAAGAAGCGCCCAGGAGUUUGAGGCUGGGUAGGGCCCAGGGACAGACGGGGCCCAGUGUCCACAGCGCAGGAAAGGGUGGCUGAACCGCCUGUUUAAAUGCUGCCGGGAGACUCAUAAAAAAUCGCCCAGGACCUGGAGGAUGAGAGUGGCGAGCUUUGUUUCGGUGGAAUCGCGGUGCGAUGCUUAGCUGCCAGGGGAUGCAGCCGCUCUUACGAGAGGGGGGAAAUAGUUCUUAAAAAGCAUAUGCCCCCCCAGGAAUGCCUCUAUAGAACCAAAUCAAAGCUGCUCCUUGGAAGGUAUGAAUAGAAUUAAAAAGAUUUCUAUGGAGCUUAAAGUUCACAGCCAUUCUGUGUAGACAAGAGCUAAGAAAAAUGUGAGAAUUAUACAGAAAACCAUUAAUCACUUCUUUUCUUUAAAUACGUAUCCUCUCUCCUUUGUUAUUAUUCAACAGCAAAUCUCCGCAGACCGGCUGUUGGGGGAAAAAAGUGUUAGCCGUCUCUCCCGGAUCUGCGAGGGGGAAAAAAUUUGGAACCAUAAAGUUGAAAACUUUUUUCUCUCAGUUUGGAAGAAGCCCUUCAUCAUGAAUGGGAUCCGUGGAGUUCGGGCAAGAGGAGGGGAGAGGCGCAAAGGAGGGGAGAUUUCUCGCCUGCCGCUCGCGCUGGGGCUCGAUGUGAAUAUAUAUUAUGUCUGCCUGUUCUCCCCUCGUCGGUGGCUAAGGUAAGCUGGACUGAAAUAGGCUAUCAGUUUGUGAAUGGCGGAGAGUAUGUCUCAAUGAUUUAUGGCCCAUAUGACUCCAAUCUCGGUUCAAGAAGAGUUCACAAGCUUUAAGCUUCCUUCCACGCAGCGACUCUCUCUCUCUCUCUCUCCCUCUCUCUCUCUCUCCCUCCCUCCCUCUCUUCCCUCUCCCUCUCUUCCUGCUUCUCUCCUUUUCUCCUCUUUUCUUUCAACAGCCAGAUUCAGGGCUGAGUUUAUUCCCGGCUGCUAAGAAGAGCUUAACAUUUCUCUCUCUUCCUUUCUUGUUCUUUUAUUUUUUCUUCCUCCCAUUAAUUUUUUUUUUAAGUCCUGGAAGGUGGCCUAUCCUCUCUCCCGGGGCUUCCCCAGCUAUUGUUACUCUGCCCGGCUCUUCCGGGGGUGUGCCUGGAGAGGUGGGGUUCUUGGGGUGGCUCACCGCCCUUCUCCAGCGAGACCCUGGGGGGAAGCCGGGAGCCACCGUCUCCCUCCCUCCCUCUCUCCCAAGAAGCCAUAUGGAGCCUGGAUUUUUCCAACAUGGAGGCAAGGGAAAUAGACAUGUUUGGCUUGGUAGAGCUGCUCCCCACCCCCUCUUCUCCUGGAUCCCCAGAUCCCGGACCCCCACGGCACCUUUCCGCCUUCUCACUGUCCCGUCAGCCAGGCCUCUGCGCCCUCCAGCCCAGCCGGCCUGGCAAAGUCCCGGAGCCGAGUUGCUAAGGCGCCUUUUAAUUCGGUUACCUCCAGCGCCCAAACUUACUGCCGCCCUUAGGGCUCGGCCCUAGGCCAGGGUGUUGGGAACCUGCCGCCGCUAACCGUUUUAGCAUCCUGAACGCUUUCUCUUCGCCUCCUUGGGCCAGCAUAGCUAGUCGCCAGCCACCGCGGCAGCAGCGGUCGAGACUGCCCGGCGGCGGCAGCCAGGGGCUCACCCAGUUCACAGAUCUUCCCGGCCCUGUCUCGCCGCCGGCGGAGGCUCCAUUCUUUCCUAUCUCAUCUCUGGCUUCUCCGCUUCCCACACUUGCCUGGCCUCGGUCCUGCGAUGGUUUGCGGGUUUAUUGCAGGGGGAACGACAGGAAUUUCGGCCCCAGGCGUCUAGUCAAAUUAUUGUUUUAUUAUUAUUAUUAUCAUCAUUAUCAUUACUGCUGUAACAAUCAUUUAGACUAAAUAAAGCCAGGGCCCAGCCAGCCAACCCCCUCCAACGUUUUUAUUUCAUUCUCCUUUCUAUUAAUAACAAACUCAAGUGAUGCCUGUUAAUUAAUUCCCCCUUCAGCCAGGGCUGCUCCGAAGCUAAUUUUGGUUAAAUCAUCAGAGGCUAAUGGUAAUAAUAAUAAAAGGAUUGGGUCAGCCUGGUCAAUUGAACUCCAGUGCUCCUCCCUGGAAGGACCUGCUGCUUUGCAGACCCAUGUGCAUUUCUCAGAAACAAAUUCUUCCCAGAAACCAAUCGGAGCUCAGGGCUACCCCAGCUCCCUUUUGAGUAUAAAUCUGUGCCAUUAAGAAGGGAAUUUAUGUGUGGGAGGGACUUCCUUCACCCCUACUCCUUUUAUUUUAUUUUCCUAUUUCUAGUUUUCUUUGGAGUUAACCAGCUGGGCUGAAUGAGAUUUAAGUAGUCCAAACUCACAUGUCAGGAGAGAGGGUCAGUGUCGAAGUUUUAUGAAAAGUGAUGGUGAGGGGUUUGGGAAGACAGAUGGGGGGGUCAUGCAGUCAGAAAUUUCAGAAGAAAUACACAAAAUCCUAAGACAGCUUGAACCUUUAUUUUUCUGGCACACUUUUAAAAGGCUGCAUUAAAAUAAUGAUUUUUUUUCUGUCUUGGAGAACUUCAGGUAACAGGGGUACCCUGUUUUCAACCCAGAGAAUAAUACUGUUCAGAUUGCUUUGUUGACUUUCUUUUCUGCUAGGGAAAAUUUUUCUCUUUUAGAAAGCGCUUUCCCAUCUCUUGGUAGAAAAGUCCAGCAGUUAUCCAAUUUCUUUCUUCUUUUGGAGAAAUCAAAGGAAACAGACUGUCAAGAAAAGGGUGGGAAAAAAUUAAGUCUGAUGAAAAAAAUGAAGGGGAGGGGACCUGGGCCAAAUGGUCACAGCACCACCCAGACUGGUCAGGGAAAUUGAAACAAUCCUGCUCCAUUUGGGGGCCCAUGAGGGCCGCUGGCUGCCGGGUUCCAGACUUGGCUGAGCAAAGACUCAGACCGGAGGCGGUGCUACCUGCACCAUGGGCCAUGGAGGAGGCUCUGUUCCGCUGGCUCUGGAGGUUAAAAAUUUUGAAGAAGUUUCUAGGUCAGGCUGCUGUGGUCUUCAUGAGGUGGGAGGGGAGGGAGAGGACCCUUCACACAGCAGGUUCUCUGCUCAACUUGCUUCUCCCUCCUGUCUCUUCCGGACAUCCUGUUUUUUCUCCAGGCUAGACUCUGCUGGGGUGACAGAGACCUAGGUAGACAAGGAAGGAGGCAGAGGCCUCUCAGCUCAGAGGAGGGUGCUGAUGAUGCUUUUGUUUUGGUGUUUCCUGGUCUCCCCCACUCCUUAAGACAUCCUAUCCCAGAAUUGGGGGUGGGGGGAGGAAGGGAGAGGGAGGAAGAGAGGUCAGGGGCCAGUGCCCCGGCAGGAGAGCAGCAAUGGCCCCUGCAGUAGUAAGAUUCUAUACUUAGGCAGUCCCCAAGGGAGUAGAGUCCUCAUUUGUUAAGUUGAAAUAAAAACUGGUGGGCCUUUUCUUUAAAAUUAAAACGUUGAAAUAAAAAUUUCAGGUCAGGGAGGCGGGCUCAGCGUCUGCUGUGAAGAUGUUGAGGUGGGGGAGAAGACAAAACUAUUGAUGUCAGUUCCCUUUUCAGUCCGUAAGAUGGAUUCGUGCCCUAGUCCUCUUCUCCCCCUUGUGUCUCUUCUCUCACCCCGCAGGUCAGCCGCUCCGAACAGACCCGGGAGGAGGGGGGCGGGGGGGGGGGGGGUCCGGCGCGCCACGUGACCCCCGGGGGUGCCAAUGUCUGGUCGUGAGAGUAUCAGGCUCUUGCAAGUUGCCACCCACUGCCCGGGCCUCGCCCAGCGAUGCAGAAAGCCACCUACUACGACAACGCCGCGGCCGCACUCUUCGGAGGCUAUUCCUCGUACCCUGGCAGCAAUGGCUUCGGCUACGACGCUCCCCCCCAGCCCCCCUUCCAGGCCGCCACGCACCUGGAGGGCGACUACCAGCGCUCAGCGUGCUCGCUGCAGUCCCUGGGCAACGCCGCCCCGCAUGCCAAGAGCAAGGAGCUCAACGGCAGCUGCAUGAGGCCCGGCCUGGCCCCCGAGCCGCUGCCCGCCCCGCCCGGCUCGCCCCCGCCCAGCGCCGCACCCACCAGUGCCACUAGCAACAGCAGUAACGGGGGCGGGCCCGGCAAAAGCGGCCCCCCCAAGUGCGGUCCUGGCUCCAACUCCACCCUCACCAAACAGAUAUUCCCCUGGAUGAAAGAGUCGAGGCAAACGUCCAAGGUGAAAAACAGCUCCCCCGGCACAGCGGAGGGCUGCGGAGGCGGCGGCGGCAGCGGGGGCGGCGGCGGCGGCGGCGGCGGGGGAGGGGACAAGAGCCCCCCGGGGUCGGCAGCGUCCAAGCGGGCGCGGACGGCGUACACGAGCGCGCAGCUGGUGGAGCUGGAGAAGGAGUUCCACUUCAACCGCUACCUGUGCCGGCCGCGCCGCGUGGAGAUGGCCAACCUGCUGAACCUCAGCGAGCGGCAGAUCAAGAUCUGGUUCCAGAACCGGCGCAUGAAGUACAAGAAGGACCAGAAGGCCAAGGGCCUGGCCUCGUCGUCUGGGGGCCCGUCCCCCGCCGGCAGCCCCCCGCAGCCCAUGCAGUCCACGGCCGGCUUCAUGAACGCCUUACACGCCAUGACCCCCAGCUACGAGAGCCCGUCCCCGCCCGCCUUUGGCAAAGGCCACCAGAAUGCCUACGCGCUGCCCUCCAACUACCAGCCCCCUCUCAAAGGCUGCGGCGCCCCGCAAAAGUACCCGCCGACCCCGGCGCCCGAUUACGAGCCCCACGUCCUCCAAGCCAACGGGGGCGCCUACGGGACGCCCACCAUGCAGGGCAGCCCAGUGUACGUGGGCGGGGGCGGCUACGCGGAUCCGCUGCCGCCCCCUGCCGGCCCCUCCCUCUACGGCCUCAACCACCUUUCCCACCACCCUUCGGGGAACCUGGACUACAACGGGGCGCCCCCUAUGGCCCCCAGCCAGCACCACGGACCCUGCGACCCACACCCCACCUACACAGACCUCUCCUCUCACCAUGCGCCUCCUCCUCAGGGUAGAAUCCAAGAAGCGCCCAAAUUAACACACCUGUGAUGGGAGAGGGAGGGCAGGAGGGGCGAGAUCGUGGGGGUGGGGAGAGCCAGGAGAGGCAAGGGCUAUGGAGCUCUGGGGGGCAGCCUGGAAGUCUGAAAGAGAUAGGCCAAAAGGAGGUAGCCAAGCUUCCUGGGAAGAACGGGCCUGGAGCUCCUUACCCUCCCU